AUGGAAGAUGACGAAUUAUUUCCAAAAAAUAAAAUAUUUGAUGUUCCGCAGGCUAUAGCAAAUUUUGAAAUUAAAUUAUUUGUUGAGUUAAAUGAAAUUUCAACACCAUUAUGGUGGUCACGUCUAAUCAUCUCUUGUAGAGGUUACCUGACAAAUUAUAUUGAAAUGGAUGAAGAAAAACUUUUUUUAACUGAUGAUGCUUUUAUAUUACUUCAUAAAGUUUUUGUUGAAAAUAAUUAUAAAUAUACAUCAUUAGACUUUAUCAAAGCAUUAUUAUAUCUUUUUAGAACACCAAAAAUAUCAGAUCAUUUUUAUUAUACAUUACAAAAUGAUUUUGAAGAUAAUAUAGUAAUUGAUAAUAAAAAUAAUGUUAAAUCUUCUUUAGAAAUUUAUGACGUUAGAAAUAAUGACGGAAUAGUACAACCAUGUGAAGUUAUAUUUGGUAAGAAUGAUGCUAUAAGUAUAAAAAUGGCUGAAAUUCAAAAAGAUGGAUAUUUAAUGUUUAUGAAAAUUUUAAGUAUACUUAUUUUAAGAUUUAAAGAAGAAAUGGAACAUGGUAAAAAGAAAGGUAUACGUUUUGAUAUUGAUAAUGAAUGGCAACCAGAUGACAGAGUCGUUCUAUUUCAACAAUUUUAUUCAGGUAAUAGAACAUGGAUUUUGACUGAUUUUGAUAGGCAUGUCAUGAAUUAUUGGAGACCAAAAGGUGCAAAUGUUAUUUUUGGUGAUGCUUAUAUUGAUAAAAAGAAAAGAAGUGGAUUUAUGUUAUGUGAUUAUUGUGGAAUGCUUGAACAAUCAGUAAAUCAAUUUCCUACUUUUAGGGACAUGAAGUUUUGUUCUGAACAAUGUUUAAAUAUGUUAUUGGAUGAAAAAAAAAUAUCUAUUUAG